UCCAUUCAACCUCCCUGCCGGAUGGAAACAUUAAUACGUACCUACAUGUUUUGCUUUUUGGCAAUUUCUAAAACAAUUUGGGAAAAAGGCACCUCGUUCUGUGGGGCUGGUGACAUCAUCAGGUGCUUAGGAAUGUGUUCUUUUGAAAAUGGCCUAAGCUGUCAACUUAGCUUCAGAAGGGGAGAAUUUUUAUUAUCUCUACAUCUAAGAACUUCUUCAUCAACCUCCGUUUUCGAUUAUGCACUGGAAGUGCUUCGAAGUGUCCAGGAUUGUGAUUUCUUACCAGUUGUUGUGAUAGAAAACAAAAUUGAUCUCAUCGAUGAGUACAACUUUUUGAAUAAGGACGUCAUCGAGAAUUCCAUUAGGCAAGCAAGGACACGACUGUACAGGGUUUCGGCAAAGCAGGACUUCAAUGUGAUGCAUCCAUUCGCCUACGUUCUUGAAAAGUUACUACGAUAUAGUGAUGAGAACGCCAACGUUAAAGAAAAAGAUUCUCUUCAAAAUGGCCGUCUGUCAUGUCGACAAGGCUGGAUAGAACGAUCGACUUCGACGAGUUCGAGAAAAAGGAAUGCCAACUGUUCCAUUAUGUAA